UAAAAUUGAUUUUUAUUUUCUGAAUUAAGUGGAAAAAAAAAGAGCAGAAGUCUCUAAACAUGCACGAGGAAGCUCUGAAUCUCCCAGAUAUGAAAUCGUAGAAACAGACUCUCUCGCAUUUAUCGAAUCCAAAUCUGGAAAUUGGAAAUUGGAAUCCCUAAUCUGUUCAUCGUUUUCUUCAAUUGCUUGUUGAAGAAGCAGUGAAUCUCCGAGAUCUGUGUUCUUCCCUCUGGGAAUGUGCUUCUUCUUCUUCGUGGAGAACGAUUAAAGCGAAACGGGAGAUAAAUAUAUGAAGCGUUCUCUGACUCUGAGAAGUGACGCACAUUGAUGAAUCAAGUUCGUCGUUGGCAGAGGAUUUUGAUCCUCUCGCUGCUAUUGUUAUCUGUGUUAGCUCCGAUUGUUUUCGUUUCGAAUCGGCUCAAGAGUAUUACUUCCGUCGAUAGAGGAGAAUUCAUUGAAGAAUUAUCAGACAUUACAUAUAAGACCGAUGAUCUUGGACUUACUGCUAUUGAACAGGACGAAGAAGGCUUGAAGGAGCCUAAACGGAUUCUGCAGGAUCGAGAUUUUAAUUCUGUGGUUUCAUCAAAUUCCUCUGAUAAAAGUAAUGAUACUGUGCAGUCUAAUGAGGGAGACAAAACAACCUUUCUCUCAGAAGUUGAUGGGGGAAAUAAUCACAAACCAAAGGAGGAAGAAGCAGUAGUUUCACAGAAAACCACAGUAAGCUCGAAUGCGGAGGUUAAUCUUUCAGCAAGAGAUAUUCAACUUAAUCAUAAAACGGAAUUCCGACCCCCUUCAGGUAAGAGUGAAAAGAAUACAAGGGUUCAGCUUGAAAGAGCAACAGAUGAGAGGAUAAAGGAGAUCAGAGACAAAAUUAUCCAAGCGAAAGCCUAUCUGAACUUGGCCCUACCUGGGAAUAACUCCCAAAUCGUAAAGGAAUUGAGAGUUCGAACGAAAGAGCUGGAACGAGCUGUCGGUGAUGCUACUAAGGAUAAAUAUUUGCCAAAGAGCACUCCUAACAGAUUGAAGGCCAUGGAAAUUGCGUUAUACAAGGUCAGUCGUGCCUUUCACAACUGCCCUGCCAUUGCUACCAAACUCCAAGUCAUGACUUAUAAAACCGAAGAACAAGCUCGGGCGCAAAAGAAGCAAGCAGCAUAUUUAAUGCAGCUUGCAGCAAGGACUACCCCAAAAGGGCUUCAUUGUCUCUCAAUGCGGUUGACAACAGAAUACUUUACCCUGGAUCACGAAAAAAGGCAGCUUUUGCAACAAAGUUAUAAUGAUCCUGAUCUCUACCAUUACGUAGUCUUCUCUGACAAUGUUUUGGCCUGUUCGGUUGUUGUUAACUCUACAAUCUCCUCAUCAAAGGAACCGCAAAAAAUAGUAUUCCAUGUGGUGACUGAUUCACUCAAUUACCCAGCAAUCUCAAUGUGGUUUUUAUUAAACCCAUGUGGCAGAGCUUCAAUCCAAAUCCUAAACAUUGAUGAUAUGAAUGUCCUGCCUUUGGACCAUGCUGAAUUGCUGAUGAAGCAAAAUUCAAGUGACCCAAGAAUCAUUUCAGCGCUCAACCAUGCACGCUUCUAUCUCCCAGAUAUCUUCCCAGGUCUAAACAAGAUCGUACUCUUCGACCAUGAUGUAGUAGUUCAAAGAGAUCUAAGUAGACUGUGGAGCCUAAAUAUGACGGGGAAAGUUGUUGGAGCUGUAGAGACGUGUCUUGAAGGUGAACCGUCAUAUCGUUCGAUGGACACAUUCAUUAACUUUUCAAAUCCAUGGGUUGCUCAGAAAUUUGAUCCCAAGGCUUGCACUUGGGCAUUCGGGAUGAAUCUAUUUGAUCUCCAAGAAUGGAGAAGACAGGAGUUGACUUCUGUAUACCAGAAAUACUUGGACCUGGGAGUCAAAAGACGUAUGUGGAAAGCAGGGGGCUUGCCAAUAGGUUGGUUGACUUUCUUCGGGAAAACGUUACCAUUGGAAAAGAGAUUGAAUGUGGGUGGGUUAGGUCACGAAUCAGGAGUCAGGGCAAGCGACAUUGAACAAGCGGUGGUUAUACACUACGAUGGGAUCAUGAAGCCGUGGCUGGACAUCGGUAUAGACAAGUACAAGCGCUACUGGAACAUACAUGUACCUUACCAUCACCCUUACUUACAACGAUGCAACAUUCACGAUUGAUUUUUUAAACAAGUUACCACAAAACUUAGAUUCAAUUCGAUUCUUUUCUUCUUUCCAAAUGUUAUCAUUAGCUUCAUUCUUUAACGAUUUCUUGUGUAAAUUUUUGUUCUUUUUGAUACAACACACAAAAAUUCCUCAGAACAUAAUAUCAGAUUUAGUUCACAGCAA